AUGAAGAAAGCAGGUGUUCUUGGUGCUACAGGUUCUGUUGGUCAACGUUUUAUUCUUCUUCUCUCAGAACAUCCUGAAUUUGAGCUCGCCGCCAUCGGCGCGUCCAAACGUUCAGCGGGAAAGAGGUAUGUCGAUGCUUGUACCUGGAAACAGACCGAUUUGAUGCCACAACAGGUGGAAGACAUGAUUGUCUCGGAAUGUGUUGCAGAAGACUUCAAAGAUUGUGACGUUGUCUUUUCUGGAUUGGACGCCGAUGUUGCCGGCACUGUGGAAAAGGAGUUUGUAGAUGCUGGCCUGGUUGUCAUCUCCAACGCCAAAAACUAUAGGAGAGAUCCAAAUGUGCCCCUAGUGGUUCCUAUUGCAAACUCGGAACAUUUGGAAAUGGUUGCAAAUAGAGAAGGCGGUAAAGGCUUCAAUAUUUGUAUAUCCAACUGUUCCACCGCCGGCUUGGUUGCGCCAUUGAAACCCCUUGUCGAUAAGUUUGGUCCGCUCAAGUACGUUACUACAACAACUCUACAAGCAAUCUCUGGUGCAGGAUUUUCCCCAGGAGUCUCUGGUAUCGACAUUUUGGACAAUAUUGUUCCCUACAUCUCUGGUGAAGAGGACAAGAUUGAAUGGGAAGCAAAGAAAAUCCUGGGUAACUUGAAUGCAGAAGGUAAUGGUAUUGAUUUGGAUGAAGACUUGGUGGUCUCCGCUCAAUGUAACAGAGUGGCUGUCUCUGACGGUCAUACAGAGUGUGUCUCCUUUAAAUUCAAGAAGGAGCCUGCCCCAUCCUUGGAUGAAAUCAAAAGCUGUCUACGUGAAUACGUCUGCGAGGCAAAGAAGCUCAACUGCCAUUCUGCCCCAGAACAAGCAAUCCAUGUCUUGGAACAACCAGAUAGACCACAGCCACGGUUGGACAGAAACAGAGACGCUGGUUAUGGUGUCUCCGUUGGUAGAAUCAGACCAGAUCCUAUUUUCGACUAUAAGAUGGUCAUUUUGUCCCACAACACUAUUAUUGGUGCUGCCGGCUCCGGUAUCUUGAUUGCAGAAUUGCUAGUAGCUAAAAACAUCAUUUGA